GUCCUGUGUGGGUGACUGUGUUGGCACGGAAUGCCCUGUGUGCCACGUGCCAGCCUGGGUGCAGGAUGCACAGAUAAACCGGCAGCUGGAUACCAUGGUUCAGCUUUGCGGCAGGCUGCGGCAGCUGCUGGGAGCGGGCGCCUCAGAUUCCACAGAAGACAUGUUGACACCAGCCAACACAGACUUUGGAAAAAAGAAUAAGAAGGAACAGAUAAAAAUGUGGUUCAGCCCAAGAAGUAGGAAGAUUCGAUGUGUCCUGGACAAGAGUCAGCCUGAGACUAAAAGCAAUGACCUCAGUCAAGACACAUCUUCAGUUUAUGAUUUCUUUCCUUCCCCGCCUCAUGAAAAGCCCUCCAAGCCAACAAAAAAAACAACACAGAGUAAGAAGAAGAAGAAGAAAAGUCUAGCAGACAUUAACAAAGUGUGGAGCUUAGAGAAUCCUGAGCAGAAAGGAGGUGUUGAUGAGAAGACUCCCAAGGAAAAGCAUGUGACCAUCUGCAGUCAACCAGUAGUUGUGUGCACUCUGAAACCAAAUAGCCCUGAAGAGACACCUCAGCAGGAGCCUAUACAAGAAGCGAACUCCAGUAAACAGACAGAAAAUGUAGAAAUACCACCACAGGUAAAAUCCUCAGAGGAGGAGGAUGACAGUGAGGUUGCGUGCCCUGCACAGGUCAGCAAGGAAAAACAUGGUGCUACGGAGACACCCCUGUCAAUAGAAAAUGGAACUACACCUUUAAAACGUGGAAGGGAGCAAUCCAGGCUCCCAAUGACUUCUCAGUGUAAGAGACCCAGAAGAACUGAGAGGAGCAGUACUGGGAAGUCAGACAGGCAGGCAGAUUGCAUAGAGGAGGGACCUGGGGGUGGCCCUGUCUCCCCAGUGACCAAACAGAAGACACCAGUUCAGAUUUCUUCCUCUGACACCAGAGUGAAGACAAGAAGCGCUGCAGUCUUUCAAGCAGCGAAUAGUCCUUCACUCUCAAAAUCCUCCUCUACCCCAUCUACUUCCAAGACUUGUAGUCAAGUAGGAAUACCACAAAGUCCUUCUGUGUUGAAGUCCCCUGGUGGUAACACAGUUGCCAGAAGAAAUUACAAAGGAGAGACUUUGCUCCAUGUUGCUUCCAUCAAGGGUGACUUAGCAGCUGUUGAACAGCUGCUGAAAAAUGGUGCAGAUCCCAAUGUCAAAGAUAAUGCUGGCUGGACACCACUGCACGAGGCCUGUAACCACGGGCACAGAGACGUGGUGGAGCUGCUGCUGCGGCACAAGGCGCUGGUGAACACGACGGGCUACCAGAACGACUCCCCGCUGCACGACGCGGCCAGGAACGGGCACCUCGGCGUGGUCCAGCUGCUGCUUUUGCACGGCGCCUCCCGUGAGGCAGUUAAUAUAUUUGGUCUGCGGCCUGUGGACUAUGCAGAAAGUGAAAAGAUGAAGUCUGUGCUGAUGUUACCAGUGAAGAAUGAAUCACUUUCACUUAACCAACCCUCUGAGGCACUGAGCCCCAGCCAGACAAGAUAUGGACCUCUUGGUAUAUUGGGGAGCAAUCUUAGUUCAAAGCAACAGAACUUACUGAACAAACUAGUGACAGUCCUGAAGGCUCAAAGGUGUACUGAAUUUAACAGCAGAGUAACUCAUCUUGUUAUCCCUGAUGUUCCAAUGCCAAGUACUGUCAAAUGUAUGAUGGCUGUUCUGACUGGAUGUUGGGUCCUCAGGUUUGAAUGGGUACAAACCUGCCUACAAACCGGAAUCCGAGAACAGGAGGAGAAGUACGAAAUCCAAGGUGGCCCACAAAGAGGCCGGCUCAACAGAGAACAGCUGCUGCCAAAGUUGUUUGAUGGAUGCUACUUCUACUUUUUGGGAUCUUUCAGCCGUCACCAGAAGAGUGAUCUUGUGGAGCUGGUCAAAGCAGCUGGAGGACAAAUUCUGGUUAGGCAGCCAAAACCAGACAGUGAUGUGACGCAGACCAUCAACACGGUGGCUUACCAUGCAGAAUCUGCUUCUGACCAGAGAUUCUGCACUCAGUAUGUAAUCUAUGAUGUGUCUUCUAAAUUCAAGCCGGAGAAAGUUCGUCAGGGCAAAGUCUGGAUGGCCCCUUCCAGCUGGCUUAUAGACUGUGUGAUGUCAUUUCAGCUCCUGCCUGUAAAAUGA